AUGGAAGAAGUUUCCCUAUCAUCUCGCGUACCUAUUUAUCUUGUUACGGUUCUUGAUGUAAGUUACAACAUGGAAGGUACCAAGAUUGCAUUGUUAAAGAAGGCUACGGGGUUUCUGAUACCAAACCUUGGUCCCAAUGGCAGGCUCUCCGUCGUCGCCUUCUCUCACAAUUUUUGGCUUCUACUCCCCCUUUGUAGGAUGUCUGAAUCAGAAAGGCUGGAAGCAUUAGAAGCUAUUAAUCGUGUAGAGCAGACGGAGGGACUGGCAUUGCUCAAGGAUGGAGAGACUGACAUUGCUCAAUGGUUCCGCAACGGCGCUAAGGUGAUGGAAGAUCGCAGGUACAAGAAUCCUGUUUCCAGUAUUAUAUUAUUAUCUGAUGGACAAGACAACAAUGUCUCCAUGAAAUAG